AAAAAAGUAUUUUCAUUGUAAUUGUGUGAAUUUUGCAGAAAAAAAUGUCAUCAAAUUCUACAUUAUUAUCAUCAAGCGUUACGUCCAAUACAUCACCAACAUCUACAUCAUUAUCGACGGCAACCGAAAUAACCACCGAUGUAAAUGUUUGUAGAUUCUGUCUACAUUCUGGUUCGAAUAAACUUAUAAACAAUGUAUGUGAAUGCACCAAUCCACGAUUAUCAUUUAGCCAUUUGGAUUGUUUACAAACAUUUUGCCGUCGAUUUCGUAAAACAUAUUGUGAAUGUUGUCAAAAAGAUUUCAUUUUAAUUAUCAACAAUUAUAAUAAAAUGAUGAUUAUUAAUGAUGAUGAUGGUGGUGGUGGAAUCGAUAACGAUAAUUUCCGUGAUAAAUUUCGAAAAAUAUUCCAUACGAUCAUCAAUGUUGAAGUAUUACAGGAUGAAUUCUAUUAUCUAUUAUCAUCGAUAAUUGAUUUAUUUAUCGUAACAAUUUUAUUGGCCAUUAUAAUCGGUAAAAGCAAAUUUCUCUGUCCAUCAUCAUCAUCAUCAUCAACGAAAUGGCAAACAAUAAUUUGUCAACCAAAAUCGACAACAACGUAUAUCAUUUGUAUUUAUUUAAUUGUAUUUUUAUUCAUGAAAUAUUGUUACCAUAUUAAUCGUUUUAAACAAUUUUUUAAAAGAAUAAAAAAAUUUCUCUGAAACCACCUUGAACUUAAUUAUGUCAAAAAAUUUAUUUAUUGUAAAAAAAUAAAAAUUAAUCUAUGUUUUUAUGUCA